AUGUCUGCAAGCAGGCGUCGAGCGUCCACAUCGAGCGUGGAAACCGUCGAUGAUUCCGAAACGCGCUGGCGUCAAGAAAGCUCAGUCAUACGCUCCGUCAACAAGGAGUUGCCCUCGGAUGACUGGCCCAUUUUCGAGUUGCAGAAUGCCAUAGUGCUCGACAAGGACGGCAAGAAUAUUGAAAAUGCCCUUCUCACUGGCGUCAGAGGCCCGUUCAUCAUUCGUGGUCAUCUAGUCAUUGACGACCCAAGCCAAAAGAGUUACUUGAUCAUGCGCGUCCGGUCAUCAGCACCAGUGGAGAUUCGGAAAUCCGCUUUAUACUCGAUCGGUGAAUCGCCCGAUGGCCGGCCGCUGAUUUGGGUGUCUGGACAGGGCGGCUGGUACGAGCUUGACCCCUGCCCAGAGUAUCAGCCAAUGUACAACAAGAUGUGCGAGGCGACCACCUUGUUCUACAAUAUCCUGGACAUCUACAACCAAGACCCUCCGAGGAAACCGAAGAAGUGCAAGAACUAUACUCCGAUGGAUGAGCUACUUCAUGUCUUCCACAAGUAUGCUUCACGGAUUGGGGAUGGCUCAACCAUUGAAGAGGUCAUCGCGAGGGCGCGUGAGCAUGUCGACUUCUUUCAGGACAAGUUUUCGCACAACGACGACCCCAUCGUUUGGUCCUCGACCGCCUUUCACAAGUGGAUCACGGGCGAUCCUGUUGUGAUGGAGAGGCAAAUGAACGAGGCGCUGGAGAGAAUACGGAGACAGCCAUAUGUGCCCACGGGGGUGGCCGGCCGCCUGCCACGAAGAGUCAAGUCGGAUAUUGUCGGCGUCACCAAGCCGCAACGCAACGCAAAACCAAAGAUCACGUCCCUCGCACACGGUACCGAUAAGCAAACGAUUUCUGCUUCGCUUCGCACUCCGCUGUCGGCUGACGGCCGGCACCACAUCGUGCCGCAUUAUGAGUGGACUGAAAAGGAUAACCUCCCCAACUCUCCCUUCCAUGCCGCUUUUGCUACAUUCGAGGACUGCUUUCGCGCAUUAGGACAGACUAAGAGAGGUCUGACGCUUUCGGGAGCACUCGGAUACCUCUAUUUCAACUACUCGAUGCCCAACUACAGAACGGGGGAGCCUGGCUCAUACAAGCAGCCUGCACGGGAGUGGUUGCAUUACUACUCGAGGGCCUUCCUGCACAUGUACAAAGGACGCAAGGAGGCCAAGCGACACAGCCUCUUUGGCGAACUGCAGAGCAUGGCCGAGGAGGAUUUCAUCCCCAUUGCCUACAAGGCAAGGGACUUUCCCGUCAUUUUCACGAACCGCAAAUCGCAGCCCCGGAAAGCGUCGGCGCAGGUCCCGUCCACGCCGGCACCUCGUGACGGAGGCUCUUCGGCAACGGACGUCCCGAAACCGAUGGGCAAACGACCCACCCGUACGCCGGGCAAAUCCAGCUUGCGACCCAUCAGCCGCGCUACCAAGAAACGGCGGCUGCACGACGAACUCGAGAGCGAUUAUGCAAUAUCGGACUCUCCCGGGAACAAGCGACCACGAAACCAUGGCGAAGACGACUCCUUCAACAACAUGGACGCGGACGGGGACGUGGACGCCGAAGACGGACCAGAGCUCGGUUCCCCGGGAGAGGACGAAGCCGGCGAAAAGACCGGAGGCAAGCACCCAGGCUCCCAGUGCAAUAUCGAACCCAUCAAGCUCGUGAUUAGAGCAGAGAGAUUACCCGAGACGUCGCCUCGCGGCCCGCACGAUACGUGGACAUGCGACCAAGAAGGAUGCGACUACAUUGUGCGCGGCGGAGACGAGGACGAGUGCCAGGCCCGUAUCCGCCAGCACUUCCGAGACCACGAGCAGCAGCUGGCCCGAGUCAACCUGGCAGUGACGGAAGGCUCGCGCGGCCACCUACCCAUCCAUCAUUUACUCGAAAAAAUCAAGCAGAUGCGUCGGAAGAGCUCCCUCCCCAGCCAGACGCACCACGAGGUUCAGCCGAUCAAGAGGAAAUUGAUAGUGUGA